AUGGCUGCAGAGAGUUCUCGUAAAGCUCUAGACGAUGAUCGGAGCUUGGAAGCCGUAUGGGCAGCGCAAGCUAGCAUCAAUCGGCAACUUGAUGAACUGAGGGCGGACUUCUUCCGCCUAUCCACAGACCUCCGCAACGACAUGUUAGACCUCAAAACCUCAAUCGGGAAUGCCCUCGGACGAGCUCCACAACCAACAACAGCGCCGUCGGUGCCGCGAGGUCCGCCAGGUAGAGCUGGGCAAUGUCGCGCUCCGAGACCAGUUAUAAGGGAAGUUUUGGACUCUGAGGAGGAGAAUGACUUCCCAAACUGUCAUGAGUUAACCGAUUCUGGAAAUGAUGAACAGUUCCAGUAUUGCGAGCGUCCGAGACACCACCGGGCAAAUCAAACAGGCCAGGGAGAAUUUCGCAUCAAGAUGGAUAUUCCGUUCUUUGAAGGAAGAUUACACAUCGAGGAUUAUCUCGAUUGGGAACGAGCCGUGGAAGCUUUUUUUAAUUAUAUGGAGAUUAGCCCGGAAAAACAAGUGAAGUACGUAGCAUGUCGUCUAAAGGGCGGUGCUAGUGCGUGGUGGUUACAGCUUUUACAAAUGAAUCACCGGGAAGGAAGAGGGCCAAUUCGUAGUUGGUUUCGUAUGAAACAACUACUUAGAGGGCAUUUCUUGCCCACAGACUAUGAGCAAAUGCUCUACUUGCAAUACCAGCAUUGCUCACAAGGACAGCGUUUCGUCAGCGAAUAUACGGAGGAAUUUUAUCGGUUGAGCGCUAGCAAUAAUCUCCAAGAAUCGGAAGUUCAAUUGGUUGCCCGCUAUAUUGGGGGACUAAAGGAGCUGAUACAGGAUAAGUUAGAGCUCAAUUCAGUUUGGACUCUAUCUCAAGCAGUGAAUUUCGCGUUGAAAGUGGAAAUGCAAUUAGCCCGCCAAUCCGGCAGCUACACUAGCAUACGGUCACAUAUUGACCCACCUGGAGACAACGUGAAGGCAAGUUCUACAUCAGAAAAGCCUGUCUCAUUUACACGGGUACCUACUAGCCCAAUUCAAAAUACCAACGUAUCCGCUGACGCUAAAUUACAAGGUAAAGCUCCAGCUCCUCCACGAGAAAAUUCAUAUAGUAGACCUACUACUCUUAAAUGUUUUCGUUGUUUCCAACCCGGACACAAGUCCAAUGAGUGCCCGAAUCGACAAAGAAUCCAGCUCUUAGAGGGAGAAAUACAUGGAGUAGAAGCUGAACCAACUGAUUUUGAACUGGCACCAGAAGCUGACUUUGAGGAUGUUCACGGAGACGAGGGGGAUCCACUGCUGUGUGUCUUACAAAAAUUAUUGAUAGCACCUAAAAGCCCAAGUCAUUCUCAGUGUAAUGCUCUGUUUAAGACGAGGUGCACGAUACAAGGAAAGGUAUGUGAGCUACUGAUUGACAGCGGGUGCACGGAGAACGUCAUUUCUCGAUCAGUGGUGCAGGCAUUACAACUUAAGACUACCAGCAACCCGCAACCAUACAAAAUUAGCUGGAUUAGAAAAGGAAUGGAAGUGACCGUCACUGAUAUGUGCCGAGUCACAUUUUCUAUUGGAAAACACUAUGUGUGCGAAGUCGUAUGCGACGUACUUGACAUGGAUAUUUGUCAUCUCAUCUUGGGCCGACCUUGGCAAUAUGACAUGGAUGCUGUUUUUAAUUGCAGGCAAAAUAUUUAUACUCUUGAAUGGAAAGGAAAGAAACUUCGGUUAUGCCCUCAUACAAAUUCAUCACAGGAAAAGAAUACAGAGGCUGCAUAUAUUCUAUCUGGCAAAUUACUAGUUCAAUCCCGACAAGAUAGUCGAGCAUUGAUGGCCCUAAUUGUUUCGGACAGUCAUUCCACUCUGCCACCACCUAGCCAUUCUACUGAAAUCAGCAAAUUGCUAAAACAAUUCGCAGAGCUUUUUCCAGCCGAACUUCCUUCGGGACUUCCUCCAUUACGCUCGAUACAGCACCAAAUUGAGUUCAUUCCCGGAGCAACCAUUCCGAAUCUUCCUCAUUACUGCAUGAGCCCCAAGGAGUAUUCCAUUCCCCAGAAUAUCAUUAAAGAUUUUCUCAACAAGCAAUUGAUCCAACAUAGUUUGAGCCCGUGUGCAGUUCCCGCACUACUUGUUCCUAAGAAGGAUGGACAAUGGCGCAUGUGCAUUGACAGCCGCGCCAUAAAUAAAAUUACAACCAAAUACCGCUUUUCGGUGCCCAGGGUGUCCGACCUGCUUGACCGCUUGUCCGGUGAUUCUGUUUUCUCAAAACUUGACUUGCGAAGCGGUUAUCAUCAAAUUCGGAUACGGCCCCUCGACGAGUGGAAGACCGCCUUCAAAACGCGUGAUGGACUCUACGAAUGGAAGGUGAUGCCGUUCGGACUUUGUAAUGCCCCAGCUACAUUCAUGCAGUUAAUGCACGAGGUAUUGCAACCUUUCCUCGGAAAAAUUUGUGUCGCCUAUUUCGAUGACAUCCUAGUCUAUAGCACUAACAUGGCAGACCACAUCACACAUCUCACCGAAAUAUUUCAAGUCCUGUAUUAG